AUGCCAGAACCAGAGAAGGAUAGCAGCAGCAAACAUGUAAAGGCACAACAGAAGCAAAAGGCAUUCAGAAAUAAAGAGUUCCAAGGACAAAGUCUCAGAAUCGUCUCCCCUGUGUCUCCUGCUGGGCUUUACUGUUGCUAUGCAGUAAUCAUCGUCCUCAUUGGAGCUGUGAUUGCACUUUCUGUUGCUUUGUCAUUGUCAGUGAGAAAGACAGAAAAGGCCAUUGUGAGUCCUGAAGCUGGCUAUGUUACCUGCCCAAAAGACUGGAUUGGAUUUGGAAGUAAAUGUUUUUAUUUUUCUGAACACACAAGUAACUGGACAUCUAGCCAGACCUCCUGCAUGGAGCUGGGGGCCCAUCUAACUCACUUUGACAGUCUGGAGGAGCUGAAUUUCCUGCAUAGAUACAAGGGGGAUUCUGCCGCCUGGAUUGGCCUGCACAGAGAGUCAUCAGAGCACCCUUGGAUGUGGACAAACAACACUGAAUAUAACAACUUGGUUCCCAUCCGAGGAGAAGGAGAACAUAUCUACCUGAGUGACAGAGGGAUCAGCAGUGGCAGGAACUACAUUAGAAGGAAUUGGAUUUGUAGCAAACCCAACAGCUAUACUUUACACUGUCCAGGAGUUUCAUAA